AUGUCAUCCUUCCCGUUUGAUGGUGUGAAGUUCGCAGCUACACCCGCUGCUCCCAAACCAGAUCCUUCAAACACCAAAUAUGGCGUUAGAACUUCUAACUCGCCUGCUAUCAAGAACGCUCCAUUGCCAGCAGAGGGGCCUAGCUCGAAACACUUUUCCAACUUAACUGUCUUAGCGCUAAUCAUUGGAAUCCCUUUUUAUGCUUCCAGAAAGCUAGGUGGCGGAUUGAAAACUUUCCUAUUCUUUUUCUUGCUGUUUGUUUUGCCCAUUCUCAUGGCGUAUUGGACACUAGCCUCGACGUUCUCGCCACGCUUGAAUGAUAAAUGUCAAUUGCCUGGAAAACCCAUUGAACACUACUUGACUUUCCAUGAUGAACAGCUCGCCAAGAAGUAUCAUGGCAAGAAAAUUCCAAUGGAAACGUUCCACGAACUAUACUUCGCCAAUAAGGUUUCAUUCAAUGGAGAUGCGCUCGAGGUCUUGGAGUUCAGACACGAUUGGUCGCAGUUUUCGUUCACGUUGUCUCUCUUUAGAUUCUUCUUGCUGGGCAUGAUCCCAGAAGUGAUCAUGCAUACAAGAUCGCAAGAUGAAGAACAAGUUAGAGAUCACUAUGACCGUGGUGAUGAUUUCUACGCAUGGUUUUUGGGAUCAAGGAUGGUUUACACCAGUGGUGUAAUCUCUGACAUUGAAUCAGAAGAAUCUCUUGAGCAAUUGCAAGACAACAAGCUGAAAGUUGUUUGCGAUAAGAUCGACUUGCAGCCCGGUGAGUAUCUGUUGGACUUGGGGUGUGGUUGGGGUACCUUGGCCACUUAUGCGUCUAAAGUUUAUAAUGCUAAGGUCACAGGGAUCACGUUGGGAAGAAACCAGACUAAAUGGGGUAACGGGAAAUUGGAAUUGCAAGGUAUCCCUCAAUCUCAAUCGCGCAUUUUAUGCUCAGAUUACAGAGAUACCCCAUUACCUUCUCCAGAGGGCAAGAAGUACGACAAAAUUACUUGUUUGGAAAUGGCAGAACAUGUUGGAAUCAGAAAGUUUGGCUCUUUCCUCAGACAAGUUUAUGCUAUGCUUGAAGAUGACGGUCUCUUCUUCUUGCAAAUCGCCGGUUUGAGAAAAUCGUGGCAAUAUGAAGAUCUUAUCUGGGGUCUUUUUAUGAACAAAUAUAUAUUCCCCGGUGCUGAUGCUUCAACCCCAUUAGAUUUUGUGGUUGCCAAGUUAGAAGCUAAUGGUUUUGAAGUUGUCUCUAUUGACAACAUUGGUGUUCACUAUUCUGCCACUCUAUGGAGAUGGUACAGAAACUGGAUGGGCAACAAGGAUGCUGUCGUUAACAAGUAUGGUAUUAAAUGGUUUAGAAUCUGGGAAUACUUUUUAGCUUCGUCGACCAUCAUUUCUAGGCAAGGUUCUGCCACUUGUUACCAGAUUGUCUUGAGGAAAAACAUCAAUGCUUAUCACCGUGUUGAGUACAUUCCAAAGCAAAAAGGUUUGUUACUACCAAUCAAAGAAGGUGUUACAAACUGGUUUAAAUAA